AUGGAUGAUGUAUAUGGACGGGUAGAGGUCUUCCCCCAAUACUUUGUACCAUCAAAAGAAGCUAUGGAGACUCCUGAUGGUCUAUCAACAAGUAAGAAUAACCUGGAUAGUCCACCAAGUUCACGUGGGCGUUCCUGGACUCCAAGACGAGUUAAGGGAGCUGCAUCCAUUUUGCAUUUAUUGUCCAUUCCCCGCAUAAGAUGGUCUACGAGCAAUGAGGAUGAUGACAAGAUUGAAUUAUCCAGAGCUGAAGUAGAGACUUUACGAACCGAAAUAGCAGAAGCUGAGGAAAGGGAAUCUCACUUAAAAGCUCGGUUGGAAAAUAUUGAUGAAGUUUUGAGAUAUGCACGACUUUCUGGCUAUCUCUACAUUCGAAGUCGAUGGUCCCAGCUCCCUGGAGAACCACCUAUAUUAGCCGAUGCUGAUGUGGAUGACUGGCUACCUCGCUUUGUUGCUCUACAAGGGCAGUGUUUGUACUAUUAUCUGAAAUCUACAGAUCUGAGCCCACAAGAAUCUACACUGUUAUGUGAUGUUGUUGAAGUAGGGCAGCUUCCAAACUUUGUGCCUGAAGACGAAAAGACGAGAUAUGCGUUUUACCUGUUGACCCGUCAAGGGUUGAAGUUUGAAUGCUCCAGUACUUCCGAAAUACAGGUUGAUUCAUGGGUAAGAGCACUGUCAAGUGACUGCAAAUUGCGGGAUGGUGCUGGUGAUGAUAAGACGAAGACGACUAGUAGCCAAGUAGAGGCUGGGUCAUGGUAA